AUGGCAUUCGGAAAGAGUACAUUCGUUAUAGCUCUUCUUUGCUUUAUUGCAUUCUCCUCUUUAAUUGGCCAUGCAGCUGGAAAGAGAAUCUCUCAAAGAAUUUAUCAACCAUCAUCAAGCCUUACUGCUGAUGAACCAAAUUAUUAUGAAAAAUUAGGAAAUUAUACAAAAGAAUUUAUGAGAGGAGCAAAAAUUAUUCCAAGAAUUCCUUCUACAGAGGAGUGUAUUAAAGAUGUGAUGAGAGUUUAUAAGGAGAUGUCUGAGGAUUAUGAGAAAAUUCAGAAUAAAAUCAAAACUAAUGGGCUUACUUUUGAAAGUUAUCUUGACUCCACCAUUGCCAUCGGUAAAGCUCAGCCUACUAUUAAGAUCUGUUUUGACCCUAACUAUCAGUUCUUUGAUGAGACUCAUCAAUGGUUGAGUCACUUUAAAAGCACGUGGUCUUUCAUCUGGAAAUUUACCUUAAAUCAAAUCUACAGUGGAUACAGAUGGUUCGAAAUCACUAAAGCUUGGAAUCAAGCUUAUAGUCAGCAAAAUAUUACUAGGCUUUCCUUUGUUUCUGGAAAAGCUGCUUACGUACUAGUUGAUUUUGACGAAGAAUUGAGAACUCCUCAGAAGCUUAACCAACUCGAACUCUCAGCUCCCCUCGACAUUGCCUUGUUUAUUGAGAAACUUGCUUCCAAUGUUCUUGUUGGAACAUUUGACUUAGUCUAUAAUUUCUUGGAUGGAGCUAAGAUUUUUGAGUCCAAAUCUGUUGAUGUAUGCGAAAAUGGAAUUAAGGACUACAAGAAGGCUUACAGAGAUGCUAUUGAUGAGAUUAAGAAGAACACCUAUGAAUCAAUAAAGAAUGGAUUCUUCCAAAUCGCUGAUCUUCUUGGUGACUUCCACACCGUCAAUGAAAAAUGCGUCUCUGGUAUUCAAGCUGCAAUUGACAGAGUUCAUGAGUAUAAAAGAAUGAGAAGUGCCCCACUCGAGAUUUUGAGGAAUUUCGUAUGGAACCACAAGAAAGUAUACAAACAUAUGAUGCAAACAGUCGAGUGUCUUUUCAACUUGGAUUCCAAAUGCAUUGGUUUCAGCUCUGGACAGCUUUUCUACGAAAUAUUCGCUAAGCACUAAGGUUGGAGAUUAAUUGCUUCAAUAUUUCGUCC